CACACAGACACGCUCACACACAUGAAAGAUAGGUACAAAAAAUGGUCAGCAGGCAGAGCCCCCAACCAUUCUCGUCUUGUCUACCCAUUGAGGCUUCACCCCAUCAACCACUCAUCCAUCCACCCAUCAUGCAUCCGCCGAUCCACCGAUCUGUGUGUGUAUGCAGCCGUGUAUGUAUUCAUUGCCAGGCUAUUCUUCAUUCCUUGAAGCUUUCCGCGACGCUCUUGCGGAUGUCCUCCCUGACCUCGAGUUCCCUCAGGUUGUACCCGAUGGACAGCUGCCACAUGCACAGCUGAGCCAUGGCGCUGCCCGUCUGCUGAGUUAUCACGUCACCCUGACCCAUCGGAGCCGGCGAACCACCACCCAGACCCUCUACCACCACAUGCGUCAGCUGCACACAUGCACACACACACACACACAGAGAGAGAGAGAGAGAGGUACAUCUGUCUGUUACGUGUGCGCGUGUGCGCAUGUGUGCAAACCGCUGUGCUGACCUUCUUCAUAGCGUCGAGGACCUCCUCGUUGAUAUUCUCGGUGAGCGACCGCAUCUGCGCCUCGGGGAGCGACUUGAUGUAGUUGAGCAGGUCGUCCUGCCGCUUCGGCUGCGCCUCCUUGGCCUUGCGGGCCAGCUCCUCCUCCAGCUCACGCACCUCGCUCCGCAGCUCAGCCAGGUACUCGGACGCUGCCACCUCUAUCGCCUCGCCGUUGGCCAAAUGGAGCUGGAUGUGACCCGACACAGCCGGUGCAGCGAGAGAGGCGGGGGAGGCAGUGGGAGCGGCGGCGGCUGCUGCUGCUAGUUCGCCCUCCUUGAUGCCUGUUGGGACGGUGGCUGGGACGUUCUUGAGCGACUCGGCAAGCGACAGCCUGUACUCGGCGUUCUUGAGCAUGUAGCCAGUCAUCUGCAGCUGGAACAUCAGGUUGGCCAGCUUCUCGCCUGUCGUCAGGAUGGUCGUCUCCAGGGCGUACUUCGGGAUGGACCCCAGCAGACCCAACACAGUGGUCCUCGCCGCGUCCUGCACGCGCUUCGGCGCCGUCUGCACGAAGCGUGCCACCAGCUCAUUAGGCGAGAGCCGCGAGACGACGUCGAAGUAGGGAUUGCCCGAGGGCUCUUGCUUGAGGCCCCUGCCCUUCUUGCUGGAGGGCCGUGGGGCGGAGAGGGGGAGGUCGAACUGCAGUGGGGUGGGUUGGCUCUCGUCGAACUUGUCACUGUUGUUCUCAUUCUCCUUGUCUUUGUCGUCUUCUGGAUCGGGCACAUAGGGGUCGCCUGGCAGCGACACACUCAUCUGCAGGGAGCUCCGCGGCUGAGAGAGAGAAGACCAACACAACACAGAAAGGUUCGCUGACUGAAGGCAAGGCAGGACGUGCUGUCAUCGUCUGUGUCGUGUUGUUGAUCUGUCUGCUGAUAUAUCUGUGCAUACCAUACCCGGCUUCUGAGUGCCAUCCGCUGCCCGUAUCCUCUCGCCCUCAACCCGCUCCUCAUCCCAUAGUCGAUUCGAAAGGCUUCGUUCGCAGAUAGACACAGAACGGCCAUCACUGCCAUCAACACUGAUGAUAGAUCCGCCAGCCGCCGCGGUUGCUGCCGUCGAUGGUGUCUGUCUGCCACAGAUAAAUGCGGCGAUGGUGCUCCUGACGGCUCACUGAAAGGUCGAACAGCAUCACGCGGAUGGAAGACAGUUCCUCUCAUCUUGGAAUCUAGUGUCACGACGACACAGCACCACAAUGCCCAGGAG